AUGGCACACCUAAAUUCAUUAAAUAUAAGCAAAAUUUUCUGUAUUUUUAGUUUUUUAUUCUUUGGUGUUCUUGGGGCAAAAAAUUAUCAUAUUACAGUUACAUCAUUUAAACAUUCAUUGUUUUCAUUUUUUUAUUUUGACAAUAGUAAAGUUAUUCUUGCUCAUGAUAUUCUGGAUAAAGUUAUUUGGAAAAGCGACAACGAAGGUACAUCAUGGACUAAAAUAAAAAGUAUACCAAAAAAUAAGGCUAAAAUGUUAAUACUUCAUCCAUUUAGUGAUAGAAUGGCAUUUGUUUUAGGAGAGGAUAAGACACAUUAUUAUACAGAUGAUCAAGGGUUGACAUGGAAGAGUUUUUCUACAGAAAAUCCUUUUUCAGAAGAAACUGCACCGCUAAAAUUUAAUUCAGCUAAUCCUAAUUACAUUAUUUUUAUUGGCUCAGAAUGUGUUGAUUCGGCUCGAAUAAAUUGUAAAUUUAUGGCAUAUUAUACCAAAGAUGCAUUCAAUACUAAUCCAAAGCUUCUUAAAGAAAAUAUACAAUCAUGUAUGUUUGCUAAAUCCUCAAAGGAAUUUUCCAAUUGCUCAGAUGAAUUGGUUUUAUGUGUUUAUAUGCAAUCGAAUAUUUAUGCUUCAGGUAUAUAUUUAAUGAAGUCUGAAGAUUGGUUUUCAACAUAUACGCAUAUAAAUUUUGAUGAAAAACCAUUAGUUAGUUUAGAAGGAAUUGGAACAGUUCAAACUUUUAUUAUAGCUGUUGUUAGAUCACAUAACACUGAACUUGAAAUGUAUGUUUCUAAAGAUGGAAAUACAUGGAAUAAAGCUAAAUUCCCAUAUUAUCAUCAAAAAAAACUAAAAGAAAAUUCAUAUACUAUUAUGGAAUCGAAACCAUAUAGUCUUCAAGUAGAUAUUUUGACAUCAGAAUAUCCCUUCUAUGGCGGAAUUUCUUUUAAAUCUGACAUUAGCGGCAUAUAUUAUACACCAAGUUUGGAACAUACAAAUAGAAAUGAUAUGGGUUACGUUGAUUUCGAAGAUAUUCGUUUUAUUGAUGGUGCCAUUUUUGCAAAUGUUAUAGAAAAUUGGAAAGAACUAGAAAAUAAUGGAGAUUUUGAUAAAAAAAUUCAAUCGAAAAUAUCUUAUGAUAAUGGUAAUACAUGGAAUUCUAUUAAACCUCCUAUAAAUUCUGAUUGUAAUAUUUUUGAUUCUAAAAUUUGUUCUCUUCAUUUACAUUCUAUUACGGAUAGAUAUAGAUUUGAUAAAACAUUUUCUAGCUAUGCUCCUGGAAUACUUAUUGGAAUAGGUUCAGUUGGAUCAUAUUUAAAACCUUUUCAUGAAUGUAAUCUUUAUAUAUCUGAAGAUGCAGGUAAAACAUGGUCUUUAUCAUUAGAGGGAACGCACAUAUAUGAAUGCUCUGAUCAUGCAAAUAUAAUUGCAGCAAUUCCUGAUCAAAAGACUCGUAAUUUUUACUAUUCUUUUGAUAGAGGUAGAAAUUGGCAAAGUAUUGAUUUAAAGCAUAACAUUCGGCCAUUAGCAUUAAUAGUAAUUCCUAAUUCUAAAACAGGAAAGUUUUUGCUUAUUGCAACUGAAUUCAAUGAAAAUGAUAUUGAUCACUCGAUAAAUGCUAUUUCUAUUGAUAUUGGUGAAGCUUUUACUAAACAAUGUAUUUUAGAUAAAAAUGAUUUAGAAAAGAGUGAUUUAGAAAAAUGGUACUCUCAUACUGAAAAUGAAUCAAAUUGUUCAAUGGGUCGUAAACAAUAUUUCUGGAGAAGAAAGAUUGGUAGAAAAUGCUUUAUUAAAGAAAAUUAUUCAGAACUUCAGGUCAUUGAAGAAAAUUGCCCAUGUUCUAAUAAUGAUUAUGAAUGUGAUUAUAAUUUUAUGGAAUAUGAUAAUAAAUGUUUGGAACAAGUUCCACAAGAGAUCCCUCCAGAUGCAUGUAAAAAGCCGGAUGAUGUCUUUUGGGCACCUAGUGGAUAUAGAAAAAUUCCAGGAAAUAUUUGUGAUAGCAAACGUGGUGUUAUAAAAGAUAAAAAAAUCGAAGUUUCAUGUAAAACAAAUACUCAUUUGGAUAAAAUUAGAAUUACAUUAACGGAUUUUAAAGGAGAAUUAGUUAAUUAUUAUUACCUUAAGAAAAAUGAAGAUGAUUCUAAUGAUAAAAAUGAUGCAGAUGAGACUAUUCUUGUUUUAACAAAUCAAAUGGAACUUCAUGUUUCACACGACCAGGGUAACCAAUGGAAUCAAAUUCUUGCAGAUGAAAAUAUUCUUUUUAUGUAUCAAAAUGUUUACACAAGCGAGCAAGUAUAUUUUUUUGGAAUGAAUAAAAAGGCCUGGGUAACAAAAAAUCGAUGUUUAACUAUUGAAAAAAUUCAACUUCCAAUUUAUUCACAUAUUGAAUAUAAACCUGAGUUUCAUCCAGAUAAUAAAGAUUGGAUUAUAUAUACUGGAUGUAAAGAUAAUAAAAUCAUGCAAGAAUGUGAAACGGAAUCAUAUUAUUCUUUAGAUGGAGGAAAUUCAUGGAAUCUUUUAAUAUCUAAUACUCGUUCAUGUUCUUGGAUUAAAACUAAAGAUUUUGAUGCAGAUAAAAACUUGAUAUAUUGUGAAGUAUAUAUAUUUGAUUCUGAAAAAUCUUCAGAUAAUCCUGUAAAAUUGGUUUACUCGACUGACUUUUUUAAUACUUAUAAUGUUUUGUUUGAUUCCAUUACUAAUUAUGCGAGAUUUAAAGAAUUUAUAAUUUUAGGAAAAUACAAUUCUCAAUUAAAGACUCUCGAGCCAUAUAUAUCAUUAGAUGGGUUAAAUUUUACCAUUGCUAAUUUUCCUUCUCACUAUUCUGGGCAAAUAUAUACAAUUCUUGAUUCUUCCACAAAAUCUAUAUUUGUACAUGUUACUAAAGACGACUAUAAAAGUUUUAAAUGGGGAUCUAUACUUAAAUCUAACUCUAAUGGGACCAAUUUUGUUAAAUCUCUGGAUUUCGUUGAUCGUAAUAGUGAUGGAUUUAUAGAUUUCGAAAGAUUCAAAGGAUUAGAAGGAAUUAUAAUAUCUAAUAUUGUAAUAAAUCCAGAUGAUAUUGUUAAGGGUUCCUCAAAACGUGUUAAAAGUUUAAUUACAUAUAAUGAUGGUAGUGAAUGGUCUUAUCUAACUCCUCCUAAAGAAGAUUCAAAAGGAAAUAAAUAUUGUACUGGAAAGCUUGAAAAAUGUUCAUUAAAUCUUCAUGGAGUUAUUGAACGCAUUGAUCUUCAUGGAACAUUUUCCUCAAUUACAAUUCCCGGUUUAGAUUUUGCUAUUGGAAAUGUUGGCGAAUAUUUGGAUAAUUAUUUAAAUAGUAAUACAUUUAUGACGCUAGAUGGAGGAGUAACAUGGAAGGAAAUCCAAAAAGGACCUUAUUUAUGGAAAUUUGGAGAUCAAGGUUCUAUAAUAUUAUUAGUUAGAGAUAAAGACUAUACAGAUCAUUUUCUUUACUCUUUAGAUAUGGGAAGUACAUGGAAAACAGUUUAUUUUCCAGAAAAAGAAUCAAUUUUAAUAUAUGAUAUAACAACUGUUUAUUCAGAUACAAGCCGAAAAUUUUUAUUAUUUUCUAUUAGAAGUAACAACGGUAAUAAAUGGACUGCUAUACAUAUUGAUUUUACUAUGCUUACUGAUAGAAAAUGUAAAUUAAAUGAAGAUUCUUUAGAUAAAAGCGAUUUCAAUACAUGGAGUUUUAAAUACCCAAAUAGCGAAAAUUCAUGUCUUUUUGGAACUAUAAAAACUUAUUAUAGAAAAAAAUCAGAAAGACAUUGUUUUAUAGGAAAAAGUAAUAUAAAACAUUAUAUUUCAAAAAAUUGUACAUGUCAGCCACAAGACUAUGAAUGUGAUUAUAAUUAUGAACGUGCAUCCGAUGGGAGCUGUCAAUUAAUACAAGGCCUUAAACCCCUAGAUCAUUUAGAGGAAUGUAAAAAGCACAAUCUUCUAGAAUAUAAUAAACCAACUGGAUAUCGAAGAAUUCCUCUUACAACAUGCCAAGGAGGCAAAGAACUUGAUAAAGAUUCAACACCUAUUCCAUGUCCUUCAAAAGAAAAAAAAUUUAUAAAAUUAGGAAAAGGUUUACAUGGUUUCGAAUUAUUUUGUAUUAUAAUUUCACCUUUUAUUAUUAUUAUUUUUGGUAGUUAUUGUAUGUGGAUUUUAUAUAAAGAUAGAUUUUUAGGACAAAUAAGACUUGGCGAAGAUGAAAGGCCAUCUGGAUUGAUACAGUAUCCUAUAAUACUAUUGGAUAAAAUAACAGUCUUAUUUUCUGCCAUUCGAACUAUUACAAAUUAUAUUAUAACUAGAAUAAUUUCUUUAUUUUCUGGCUAUAGAUUUAAUACAAGAAAUUCUUUUUUUAGGAAUAAUUAUUCCGCACUUUUAUCAGAUAGUCCUGAAUUACUCUAUGAUGAUUUUGAAAGUUAA